AUGGAUAUCUUGGUCUUUACCGAGUGUUGGCUUAAAUAUGCUAUAACAACUCCUCAUCUUGAUGGUUUCGCGUCUUUGGCCACCCGUAAUAAUCCUAUACAAAAUGAUGGAGUCGUUGUUUAUGCAAGGCUAGAUCUUAACUGUAAAAUUUACGAGCCAAUCCUUAGUGAAGCAAAUUGCCUUGUGUGUUACACCAAUGACACGGCUGUUAUAUGUAUUUACCGUUCUCCAUCAUACGCAGACAUCAACAUUUUUUUGAACAGCCUGGAAAACUUGAUAUCCACGUUGAGCUCCUAUAACAAUAUAGUUUUAAUGGGAGAUAUUAACAUUGACGUUAAGGAUGAUAAUCAUGAUAAGCGCUCCCAUGAAUACCUAAAUUCUCUAGCCAUGCUAGGUUUUUUACCAGCUCAUAAUAAGCCGACUCGUUUAGAAAACUAUCUCGAUCAUAUUUUGCUGAAAACCAAGCUGGAUGCAUGUGUUUUAAUUAUUGAAACUGCAAUAACUGACCAUGUACCUACUCUUCUGUUACUAUAUAAAAAGCAUAAAUGGAUACAUCAUGCCGCGAAAACCAAGAAAUAUUUAAACUUUGUGGAAAUCAAACGCGAAUUAGAUAAUUACGACUUUGAAGUCGUUUUGAAAGAAUCAGAUCCUAAUAUUGCAACUAAUAUAUUUAUAGAUAUAGUGGGCUGUAUUAUAAAGAAACAUUCCUCAGUUAAAAUCAUUUCAAGAAAAUUUCGUACAGUCAAACCCUGGAUGACAGCCGGUCUCAUCCGAUGCAUCCGAAAUCGUGAUUCUUUGCAUAUAAAGGCUAGAAAGUUGCAGGACAAUAUCACCAUACAAAUUACAUACGAGUAUAAAAGAUAUCGUAACUUUCUACAAACUUUAUUGAGAAAAGUUAGGUCAGAAUAUGAAAGAUGUGAAUUCCUUAAGGCAAAAAACAAUAUCAAAGAAACAUGGAACGUCAUUAAAAUAUUACGAACACAAAAAAGAUUAAAGAGUCUGCUAUAG